UGAAUUUUAAAUAGUACAUCUAAUAAUAUUCAUUAAUUUUACACCAAUUUUGUGAAUUCAAUUUAAUAUAAGUACAAGCAAUGGAUUUCUGUGAAUUUCUAUGCGUGUCCGUUUUCUUCAGUGAAUGGUGAUACAGCGGAAUAAACAUGAAUAUUAGAUGUUCUGACCAAACAUUUAGUAAAAUUUACUGGUAGACAAAAGUACGAUGCCUUUACAGAGACAUUAGUAAACAUAAAAACUUGUACAAUUGAAAAAUCGAUGUGCCGUUAACUGUAUCACAUACUCCAGGGCGUUUGAUAUCUAUUUUACGCUCCUCUGGGGACAGGUUUCGUGGUGCGGUAGAUAAAAAACGUCAAAGAUUGACUCCGUGUGGGGUUGGGCUUCGCCCCCGCUGCGCUUGCAGCUGGGUAACGCGCGCGGACACAAGAGAUGUUGUCGGUGCUCAGGAUGGGCGAGGGCGGGUCGCCGGGCGGCGGCGGCGGCGGCGGCGGCGGCGGCGGCGGCGCGCGGCUGUCGCACACCUCCGAGAAGCAUCCGCGCGCCAUCCUCGGCGAGCUGUCCGCGCUGCGCCGCCACCGAGAGCUCUGCGACGUCGUGCUCAACGUCGCUAAUAGGAAAUUGUUUGCUCAUCGGGUGAUCCUAUCGGCAUGCAGCCCGUACUUCCGUGCAAUGUUCACCGGCGAGCUGGCGGAGUCGCGCGCCACCGAGGUGACCAUCCGCGACGUGGACGAGCAGGCCAUGGAGCAGCUCGUCGAGUUCUGCUACACAGCACACAUAGUCGUCGAGGAGAGCAACGUGCAGGCGUUGCUGCCGGCGGCGUGCUUGCUCCAACUCCAGGAGAUCCAGGACGUAUGCUGCGAGUUCCUCAAGCGGCAGCUGGAUUGCUCCAACUGCCUCGGCAUACGCGCCUUCGCCGACACACACUCUUGCCGCGAACUGCUGAGGAUCGCUGACAAAUUCACACAACAGAACUUUCCAGAAGUGAUGGAGAGCGAAGAAUUCUUGCUGCUGCCGGCGGCGCAGCUGAUCGACAUCGUGUCCUCCGACGAGCUCAACGUACGCUCCGAGGAGCAGACCUUCCAGGCCGUCAUGUCCUGGGUUAAAUACAACGUGGCCGAGCGGAGGCAACACCUCGCGCAGGUGUUACAACACGUGAGACUGCCAUUACUUAGCCCCAAGUUCCUGGUGGGCACAGUGUCCUCAGAGCUGCUGAUUCGCUCUGACGACGCCUGCCGCGACCUGCUGGACGAGGCCAAGAACUACCUGCUGCUGCCGCAGGAGCGUCCGCUCAUGCAGGGGCCCAGGACCAGGCCUAGGAAACCUACCAGACGAGGCGAGGUGCUGUUCGCGGUGGGCGGGUGGUGUUCGGGCGACGCGAUCGCGUCCGUGGAGCGGUUCGACCCGCAGACGUCGGAGUGGAAGAUGGUGGCGCCGAUGUCGAAGCGGCGCUGCGGCGUGGGCGUGGCCGUGCUGCACGACCUGCUGUACGCCGUGGGCGGCCACGACGGCCAGAGCUACCUCAACAGCAUCGAGCGCUACGACCCGCAGACCAACCAGUGGUGCGGCGCCGUCGCGCCCACCUCCUCCUGCCGCACGUCCGUGGGCGUGGCCGUGCUCGACGGCGCGCUCUACGCCGUCGGCGGCCAGGACGGCGUGCAGUGCCUCAACCACGUCGAGCGCUACGACCCCAAGGAGAACCGCUGGACCAAGGUGGCCGCCAUGACCACGCGCCGCCUCGGCGUCGCCGUGGCCGUCGUGGGCGGCCAGCUCUACGCCGUGGGCGGCUCGGACGGCCAGGCGCCGCUCAACACCGUGGAGCGGUACGACCCGCGCGCCAACAAGUGGACGCCGGUCGCCUCCAUGUCCACGCGGCGCAAGCACCUCGGCUGCGCCGUGUACGACGGACAGAUCUACGCCGUCGGAGGGCGCGACGACUGCACAGAACUCUCCUCCGCAGAGAGGUACGAGCCGAGCACGGACACGUGGUGCCCGGUGGUGGCGAUGACGUCACGACGGAGCGGCGUGGGGCUCGCCGUCGUCAACGGACAGCUGUAUGCCGUCGGAGGGUUUGACGGCACCGCGUAUCUCAAAUCGAUAGAGGUAUUCGACCCGGAGUCGAACCAGUGGCGCCUGUGUGGCGCGAUGAACUACCGGCGGCUCGGCGGCGGCGUCGGCGUCAUGCGCGCGCCGCACCACGACAACCACUACAUCUGGAAUCGAAAAGACUCCGUGGUGUAGGGCCGCUCCCCUGCCACCGCCUCGCCUCCCCUGCCCCGCUCUGUAAAAUAUUCCCCCUGAAGUCGUAUCACUUUUAAGUCGUUACUCAUUUUACAUUAUUUUAUUGUUAAUAAAUACUAUAUUAAAUGAAUAUUUAUAAAUAAAUGAAAAUACAAAUUUUAGAAUAUAAAA